UUCUUUGGCCGGAGUUGGAUAAGUUACUUCAGGAUGAAAAUGAGACAGGUGCAUCUACUCCUUAUACAGCUACCAUUCCUGAAUACCGGGUUGUAUUUGUCAAGCUUGAAGAAGUUCCAUAUCUGGACAAAAGUUUGAGUUUUGCAAAUGGCCAUGCUAUUCAUGACAUACAACAUCCAUGCAGCACACAGUUUUAUGGAAGGUGGCUGGAAAACUAAUCAUGCCAAAACCAAAGGGCUUAACAUCUGAGAUUAAAAAAGCUCCGUCAUCUGGACUUAAGUGGUCCUUUUCUCCUGGGACUAACCUGCUAUCAGGUGGUGCUGCAAAACUUGAAAAAGAGUCUAGGCAAAAACUAAAUGAGUUUUCCAAUGAACUUAGAACAUUCAGAAGUGUUGACUUGUCAGGUCGUAACUUUGGUGAUGAUGGUCUGUUUUUUCUUGCUGAAAGCCUUGGUUACAAUAGGUUAGUUCUUUUCCUUCCUUUUCCAUAACCUUACUUUUUUUCUUGUUCCUACUUGUAAACUAUUACUGAACCAGACUCUUAAAGGUAUGCCAUUACUAAAGCAAGACAUUUAAGCAUAACUUUUUUAGUGUCGUUUAGCAUCUCAUUAGUUUUUUUCCAAGUCUCAGGCAGCAGAGGAAGUUGAUUUUUCUGGCAAUGGGAUUACAGCAGUUGGCCUAAAGGCACUUGAUGGUGUUCUUCAGACGAAUACCAUGCUUAAAACUGCAGUUUCUGUGAGAUAAUCAAGACUCUUUCACAUGCCCACAGUUUUCCCUUUUGUUUUUGGGGAAAGGAAAGCAAAUUAGAAUACUAAUUCUGAUCACAUUCUUUUUGCAGUUCAA